CCCCCACCCCAACUCGCACCACAUAAAUCUCUGUUUUUCAACAAAGGAAGAAACCCACAACAAUUUCCUCUUCUCCACAGCCAAAUCUCCAGCCAUGUCUCCAAUCUCCAGCGAUGGAGCUCCACUUCCACUGGCAAUGGUGAUCGAGUAUCUCGAAUCGUCCAUGUCAACAGAGCUCCUCGGCAAGUUCCCAGACAAUUCUGCCUUCGAUUUCAACUACUCCCAGAGCUCCAUCUGGUCCCCCCUGCUGCCCCGGCCACCGCGUGACUCCGACGCCGGCGGCCUUGAUCUCUCCAGGAAGCUGUCGUUUGGUGACGGUGGUGGGGUGGGGUUCCUGGAAAAUACCAAGAAAGUUGCUGCCAGGAUCAAGCGGAAAUUCACCGACGCCGUGCUUCAGAAUAUCAGCAGAUGCCGGAAGAUGAAGAGGAGAAAGAGAAAGUCCUUCGGCUUUUCUCCGGUCCCAUCUUCUUCCCGACGGUUGUCUUCCUCUUCCCCGAGUCCAAAGGCAUGGGCUAAAGUGAUGAAAGCAGCUGCUAAGCAUUUCAAGAAAAAGAAAAACAAGAAGAAAGACUCAAAUCUUCAUUUGGAUGAUCUCUCCAACCAUUUCACAGAUGGGAACUUGUGAUGCAAUCUCCAUCCCCCAUUUCUGUGAAGUUUGAGUUGUUUGGUCUGCCGAUCAUCGUAUGUUGUCAGGAAUUCCAGUUCUUGGUUGUUUGAUCUGCCGAUCACCGUAUGUUGUCAGGAAUUCCAGUUAUUGAUUCUUUCUGCUUUA